UCUAGUCUGAACCCAUAUAUGGAGAACCAGAAUCUUGGCGAGGCUGAUCGCCACCAUUAAAUUUGCAUUAAUGGAAACGAGGAAUUUUCCCUAAUUUUUCUCUACAGAUAUAGAUGAGGAUAUCCAGAAGAUGACACUUGGCUGCAAACUAUUCACUCCUAGUGGGUACAAACAUAAUUUUUCAUUAUUUCUACUCAUUGGGUAGAUUUCUAUUUAAAUAGAGGACCUAAGAAAGUGAAGCUUAAUAGGAAUAUGGAAGAUAUUGAGAACCAGCUGAUGUGAGGGACAAUGAACCUCAAAAUAUUAUGAUUAAGACUAAACAUGCCAUAGAUGUCCUUAGGCUCCCCAAUAUUAUCAAGAAGAUG